UGGGCCCCCAUCAUGAAGAUCCCGCUGCUGGUCUCCACAGGAAUCCUGCUGGUCGCCCUCCUGCCCUGCCAGGAGUGCAGAGCUCUCAGCAAGAGCCCGGCACCCGCCCCUGGGGCUCUGCACCAGCCAGAUUUCUUCCAGCAGCAGCAGCGACAGCAGCAGCAGCAGCAGCAAACUCUGCCCGUCCUGCUCCGCAUGGGAGAAGAGUAUUUCCUGCGCCUGGGCAACCUUCACAAGAGACCCGCUGGCUCUUUCUCCGCCUCCCCCAGCAGCACCAGCCACCUACAGCCCGAAGCCUCCGCCAGCAACUUUUUCCGGGCGGCGGUUCAACAGCUGCAGCAGCUGCCCGAGCGCUCGCCGGGGAACCGAGAGGACGGAGAAGCCGAGGGUGAGGCGGUGGAGAGGGAGAAGCGAUCCGAGGAGCCCCCUAUUUCUCUGGAUCUGACUUUCCACCUCCUGCGAGAAGUCUUGGAGAUGGCCCGAGCCGAGCAGUUAGCGCAGCAAGCUCACAGCAACAGGAAACUGAUGGAGAUAAUCGGGAAGUGAAACGGCCCCUCCCCGCCUUGCCAAAGAGAUUCCGCAGUUAGCACAAGAAUAAUUACACCGUCCGAUGUACCAUAGUGCUGCUCUGAUGUCAUCUCUUUAUUUUUAUAUAGCUUUAAACCUAGAAGGGCGUACUCCGAACAGCCUCUGUCCCUUGACUAGCAUGCACAACCGUGUACCAAGUGCAGAAACACGAGUGUCGUUUGUAACCUCCCUUACCUUUAUUUAUUUCUCCAUUUCCCAGUUAUUCUAGUGCCAUCGCUACGUAGGGAUGUGUGAGCAUUGGAAGAAAUGGUGCCAAGAAGACAGAAAACUUUUCUGUUGGGGGCAGGGAGGUGGGAGGGGGAAUCUCUGUAAGCUACUUUCAAUCCACUUUUUUUUCCUGUAAACAUUUUCACAAUAAAACAUCUUUUCAGCGCUCGGUCGAUUUGGUUGUGUAAGAGAAUGUUUAAUAUUUAUAUUUUUAAUAAAAGCUGCAAAGUAAA